GUUAAAAUAAAAGGGAAGCGCUGCUGAUUACUGCUAUUCUCUUGACCGUGUGCGUUAUUUUUAUGGCCUGUGGGAUCGUGAGUCUGCUAGAUUACCUUAAACGUAUUGAACACACUGUAAACCCAAAAGGCUCUGCCAGCCUUAUGUGCUCGGUUUUGGUUCCGUUCCGGGGAAGAGGAGCCAGUCUGAGCUAGACAGCUGUUUAGCAUCCCGGUGUCCGCGGCUCUUGGGAGGCUGCUGUGGGGCUUUGGCUCCAACAUGCCGACGUGUUGCUAACCUGAGGGACUUCAUCACUACAGGACCCAGACCUUCAGCUCCAUAUGGCUCUGUAUGAUGAGAACAUCCUGAAGAAUCCUUUUUACUUGGCCUUGGAGAAGCAGAGACCUGACCUCUGCAGCCGCGUGGCAGACUUCCAUGGCAUCGUUCUGGUUCCGUGUUGUGGAAGUUUGAGUGUGAGCAGCUACUCAGACUCUCACUUCGACAGCUACAUCCUGCAGCCUGUGGAGGAAGGAUACAAGACUGUGAAUGGAAAGGAUGUCAAAAUCCAGGACAGGCAGGUGGUGCUGGGCCUCGGCUUCCCAGCUCCGUCUGCGGUGCCCAUUCUGUUUGAGGAAACCUUCUACAACGAUCAGGAGCAGAGCUACAGCAUCCUGUGCAUCUCCAGACCGCUGGAGGUGGAGCUGAGUCCGGCGGAGGUCAGUCCACCACCGGCUUACUGUCUGAGGAGCCUGGAGGAUGUCGGGGAGUUCCUGGGUCAUCACUCCCACAAGCUGGACAGGUUCAUCCACAGCUUCUGUCAGGCUUUCAGAGAGCAGGAGAGGAAAGGCCUCCGAUACCACAUUGACUCUGUAAAUGGACUUUACACUAAAUCUCUUCAGUGCCUGCUGAGAGACUCUCGUCUGAAACUCCUGGCAAAACAGGAGCUUCAGAUGACUCUUCUCAAACAAGCUGUCGGGAUAUAUAUCCAUCAUGGUAUCCAUGAUUUAAUCUUUAACCUUGUGGGGACUCUUGAAGCUUGUCAGGAUGCUUCUUUUAACAAAAUCACCAGGAGCCUUCAGGACCUGCAGCUGAAGGACCUGGGAGUGAAACCAGAGUUCAGUAUGAACUUGUCUCGGGCAAAGAGAGAGCUGAGUCAGCUCAACCAGCAGACGUCCCCCCUCCUCAAAGUGUCGUGUCUGCGCAGAGUCAUCCUCACUGCCACCCAUACACCCAGACGUACAGUGAGUAUCGAAGCCGUGAGUGCAGAUGAUCUCCUCUCUGUUGUCCUUUACCUUUUGGUCAAGACUGAAAUCCCCAACUGGAUGGCCAACCUUAGCUACAUGAGGAACUUCUGCUUCAGUAACUCCAACAAAGAUGAGCUCAGCUACUGCCUGAGUACGUUCGAGGCAGCAGUGGAGUACAUCAACCUGGGGAAGCUGCAGAACACGUGCUCUGUCACGGGUGAGCUUAAAGACAAAGCUCUAUUCAAGGAAAGGAUGAGUCUGCUGACUCAGAACAUGGCCGCUCCCGUCCACCGCCUGUUUGAGCACAUAGCUAAUGGAAAUGAAGCCGAAGUGGAACGUCUGCUGAGUGACGGUGAAGCUGAUGAAGAUGUCAGGAUGUGUCAUCCUCUUUGUUCCUGUGACCUCUGUGACGGCCAUCUGUCAGGGCGCUUGAACGAUCUCUCCAUCAUCACACCGUUCUCCAGAGAUGACAGAGGACACACUCCACUGCACGCCGCUGCGAUGUGUGGUCAGGCCCAGUUGAUCGACUUGCUGGUGCAUAAAGGAGCUCCAGUUAACGCCACAGACUACCACGCCCUCACACCACUGCACAUGGCCUGCCAGCGAGGAUACCAGGGCGUCUCACUGCUGCUUUUGCACUACAAGGCCAACACAGAGGCCCAGGACAACAACGGAAACACACCGCUGCACCUGGCCUGCAUGUAUGGACAUGAGGACUGUGUGAAGGCCUUGGUGUACUUCGACGUCCAAACGUGCCGUCUGGACCUGCAGAACGAUAAAGGUGACACUGCACUGCAUAUAGCAGCUCGAUGGGGAUACGAGGGAAUCAUCCAGGUGCUGCUGGAGAACGGAGCGAGCACACACAUCCUCAACAAGAACAGAGAGACGCCACUGCAGUGUGCACUCAACUCUAAGAUCCUCAUGCUGUUGAAGUUGACGCAGAACAACCAUCAGCACAGCAGAAAUGAUUCUGCAGGUUGCUCCCCUCUGGCCUCAGACUGCAGCAGCAGCCGCCGCUCCUCUGUCUCCAGCACGUCUUCUCUGAGCUCUGAAGCCAAGCCUGAGGCUGAGCGUGUUCGACACCGAGAGGUGGAGAAGUUGCUGAGAGCCGUUGCUGAUGGUGAUGUGGAGAUGAUGCGCUACCUGUUGGAGUGGACAGACGAAGAGGAGGAUGAAGGAGAGCUGGAGUCUGAGUCACACCUCUGUCAUCCACUCUGUCAGUGUCCAAACUGUGGUCCUGCUCAGAAGCUGCCUCUGCAUCUGGCUGGAGCGCUGGGCGUCAACAGCUGCAAUGCAGACGGCUUCACGCCUCUCCAUGUGGCCGCCCUGCACGGCCACUCGUCCCUGGCGGCGCUGCUGAUCCGCCACGGGGCGAACGUCAACGCCCGCACCAUCCAGAGCGCCACCCCGCUUCACCUAGCCAGCCAAAACAGCCAUGUUCAGGUUGUGAGGUUUCUGCUGGAGUGCAAUGCCAAGCUGAACAAGAAGGAUCACUAUGGAAACACCCCUCUGAUCCAUGCGUGUCUCUGUGGUAACCUGGAAACCGUCAACAUUCUGCUGCAGAGUAACGCUUUGGUGAACGUAGCAAAUCUGCAAGGCAACACGGCUCUGCAUGAGGCGGUGCGGGGGGGGCACCAGGCGGUGGUGGAGCUGCUGCUUAGGUCUGGGGCCUCGCCCAGCCUCAGAAACAGGAGGCAGAGGACGCCGCUGGACUGCGCUUAUGAGUUUGGUGGCAAGAACACUGAAACGUUACGAGCUCUGCAGAAGGCAUCAGGACUUUCACCAGAGGAUGAACCAAUCAAACUCCUAUCUGUGCCCAAAGGGGCUCUGGCUCAUUCAUUGGUGCAGCGCCUGAAGCUGCAGGAUAACUCCAACGGCCGGAGACACAAACUGGCUCAGUCUGCCAGCAGGAUGCAGCACAUGAGAAAAGGUUCAUCUGGUUCUCCCCCCAGGAGUCCACCAUUUCUUAACCAGCAGGUGAACCCAGAGCGGAGGAGGCUGAGGCGAGGGGAGACCCUGGAGGUCAACAGCCACUUAGGAAGCCUUGACUUUUCACCUCGUCUAAAGGAGCGGCCCCUGGUCCGUUGUCACACCCUGGACGGUGGGGUACUGGUCCCAGAGCCAGCUCAGUCCCCAGCCCACUCUGAAACUGACUGACCACUUGUUGCAAGUCGGUGUUGUGACAGCAGCUGGUGGGGCGGUGCAGCCAGGCGAUGGGACAGCACAAUCAUUACCCCCUCCUCUAACUGUGUCACCACAAGCUCACUGCGCAGCAGAACCCCGGCCGGUCUCUGCAGGGUUCCUGACACCACAAUUCUUCAGCACAAAUCUGGAGGGAAAGGGGAUUUCUCACAGCACUCUACCAGUUUAACGCACAAUGUGUUUCGGGUCACAGCGUGUGAUCUGGUUUCAUUUGCCCCGGCUUUUAGAUUUAGGUCACUUUCUCUGGCUGAUUGUUUCGUGGAUGCACUGUUGGGCCUUUUUACACAUAUGCAAUAUUUUACUAGAUUUCACAGGUUGCUAUACGGAGAAGCUAGUUCUGCCCACAAAGCUCCACUGAUUCCUUCUGUUUCCAUUCUGACUCUGUCUGAAUUUACAUCAUCAACAUGGGAAAGCUUCCCAAUUUGACAAAAGGAACAUUUCAAGUCAAAUGCUGGAAUCCAUCCUACGAUUCUCUCCCACUUGACUUUCUGCAGCUUGAUGUAAUGUUGUGUGUGGAAUUCUGGUGAAAUUGUGGUGAAAACACAAUAUCUCCGGUUUCUUUUACUGAUUUAACUUUAAUAUCAUGAAAUAAUCCAGGAUGAUGCUGAUGGAUCAUUCUUACACCAUGUUACUAAAUUAAAUCCAUCUGUCACAUUA